AAGUGUGGCGGACAAGGAUCCAAACUGGAGAAUUCUCUCAUCUUUGCGAUCCUCCCACUCUCCAGCCAAGGGUGCUGCCAGGGUGUGUCUCCCUUUCUCAGACCCCAGGGCAGCCUCUCUCCACUGUUUAAAUGAGAAUGUCCCUGGCUCAGAGAGUACUGCUUACCUGGCUCUUCACACUGCUCUUCUUGAUCAUGCUGGUGCUGAAGCUGGAUGAGAAGGCUCCAUGGAGCUGGUUCCUCAUACUCAUCCCUGUCUGGAUAUUUGACACCAUUCUCCUCGCCAUGUUGAUUGUGAAAAUGGCUGGGUGGUGCAAGUCUGGCUUUGACCCUCGCCAUGGAUCACACAACAUCAGGAAAAAAGCCUGGUACCUCAUUGCCAUGUUACUUAAGUUAGCCUUCUGCCUCGCACGCUGUGCUAAGCUGGAGCAGUUUGCAGCCAUAAAUCUAUUGUAUGUCUUCAUUUGUCUGCAGGUCUUACUGGCUGGGGCACUAACAGAACUUGGAUAUAACGUCUUUUUUGUGAGAGACUGACUUCUUAAGUACAGAACAUCAUUUUGGGCCUGUUGCUCUGCAACAGGUGACAGUUACAGUGUUCUGGACCUUCCGGGUGAGCUGGAAGAAGG